GUGGACUACAUCGCUUGCUUUGUCGAUAGAAUCGUGCGGGUAAUAAACGUGGCGUCCGCAUAUAGAAUUCAGAAUUCAGCAGCAGAAAACUUGGCCCUCCAUAUCCAAUUUCGUUGGAGGUGAUCGUUCGUAUGAUUUUAUUUUCAUUUUAAGAUCACAAAUGGACACAAGAAGGAGCGCAACUGCCAUUUCCAUUUCAGAAGUGGCAUUGGACCAAGCAUGCUAAGAUUACAUUUGGAGCUGAUCAUUUUGUGGAAAGAAAAUUUUAUGAUCCAAAUUCAAGUUUCUUCAAAUCACAAUUGAGAGUAUACCAAAAAGGACUCAAACAAUUGACCUUCAUCCUUGUUUUCUGACAUGGUGAUUUCAAGUUACACUUCAGCAUUGAGGUCUUUGACAACAACAUACUCUACUAGGGAUGGCACAAUCAGACCGAAAGGUUGGAAAAGGUUCAGCUGUAUUGAUCUACAUAUGUGCAAGCUGCAGGGACUGCAGUUGCCAAAUAUGUGGACCUCAGGUACAAAGGCAUACUUUCCACAUGGCUUGCGGCUAGCUUAUGGAUCUAAAGGUAGGAGUCAUAAAAUUGGAUGGAAGUUAUUGAUGCAAUGCUCUAGACAAACAGAACAAGAAUAUUCUAAAGUUUCAGACACCAAUGUAGGACAACAUGAUAACAUGGAGAAACAGUCACGCAACAUCUCUGAUAUUGGUAAUGUUGAAAAUGAAAAUGUAAAUUCAAUGGAGGGAGACAUUAGUCUUGGAAUGAUUGAAGAAGCCAAGAAAUUUGUUGAAGGUGCUGUGCAAAUGGUUUCAUCUGUAGGCGAAAUCAAGAGUCCAUCAACUGCUGGUCAGUCUACAUCAGGGAAUGAAUCAGCUUUGAAAACGGUUGCUUUCUGGGCUUUUGCUGCAGUAGCCUUUGGAAUCUUUAUUGGAUUCAAGGAUGGAACUAGCAAGGCUUCAGAGUUUUUCGCAGGGUACUUGCUGGAACAAAGUUUGUCGGUUGACAAUCUUUUUGUGUUUAUCUUAAUUUUCAAGUACUUCCAGGUGCCUCUUAUGUAUCAGAGUCGUGUUCUUUCUUAUGGUAUUGCUGGUGCAAUAGUAUUUCGUGCAUCAAUGAUUUUUCUUGGAGCUGCUACUCUACAGAGGUUUGAGGCAGUCAAUUUAUUUUUAGCAGGGAUUCUUCUCUAUUCAGCAAUUAAGUUAUUUGCAGGAGUAGAUGAGGGAGAAGAAGAUUUAUCAAAUAAUUUUAUCGUAAAGACGUGCAAGAAUUUCAUUCCUGUUACAUCAACUUAUGAUGGAAAUCGUUUUUUCACAGAGACUGAAGGCAUCCGCAAAGCAACACCUUUGCUGUUGACAGUGGCUGUUUUGGAGCUUAGUGAUAUUGCAUUCGCUGUGGAUUCAAUACCAGCAGUUUUCGGUGUUACAAGAGACCCAUUCAUAGUUUUCUCUUCAAAUAUGUUUGCAAUUCUUGGCUUGCGAUCACUCUAUACUGUGAUUUCUGGAAGCAUGUCUGAAUUGGAGUACCUUCAGCCUGCUGUUGGAGUGGUUUUAGGCUUCAUUGGCUGCAAGAUGGUAGCUGAAUUCUUUGGCUAUCAUACACCUACAGAGAUCUCACUGGGGUUUGUCGCAACAAUACUUGGUACUGGAGUUAUUUUAAGCCUCUUGAAAAACUCAGAUGACAAUGUGUAGCUGCUGAAAAGCAGAUCUGUACAGAAUAUUUUUUGUUUCUAUGUGAAUUAUGACGUAAAAUUUUGCACACAUUUGUUUUUCUAGGUUGAAUAAGAUCAUUAGAUAUUUAUUUUCUCUUCCCUAAUGAUUAUCAACUAGUGGGGCAGUGAAUGAUUGACCUUUAAUGGUCAUCAAGAGACCAUUAUGUUGGUCAAGAUAUUAGAAAUAAAAGAGCCAUUCUUCUAUAAUACCAUUGAUAACUAUUUGAAAAUCAUGCGUACAAUAUUUCAAAUCCAUGUGAAACCUUUUCUAUAUUUGCUAAAUAACAAAAGAUGCAAAUUCUUCA